UCCCAGCCGCCGUUCAACCGUGCUCGUCAGUCUAGAGAGUAAUAUCGACACGAAAAAGACCUGUUUGAGAGUUACCUGGGCAAAUAAACGAAAUACUACACACAAUUGCAUAAAACUUGGAUUGGACGCUGCAGUCGUUGCUUAAACCGGCAAAAUGGCUGAAGCGGAAGGUGGCUCCGAGCAGGAUGAUGUCUCAUUCCUGAGAACGGAAGAUAUGGUCACGCUUUCCUGCACAGCAACUGGAGAACGUGUCUGCUUGGCCGCUGAGGGAUUCGGUAACCGGCAUUGUUUUCUCGAAAAUAUUGCCGAUAAAAAUGUACCGCCCGACUUGUCCCAAUGCGUUUUUGUCAUUGAGCAAGCCCUAUCCGUGCGUGCGCUUCAAGAGCUGGUGACAGCAGCUGGAUCAGAGACCGAUAGUCAAGUUGGUAAAGGCACUGGAUCUGGCCAUAGAACACUACUCUAUGGCAAUGCCAUACUUCUCAGGCAUCACAACAGCGAUAUGUACCUCGCCUGCUUGUCAACCUCAUCGUCGAAUGAUAAGCUCUCCUUCGAUGUGGGCCUGCAGGAGCAUAGCCAGGGUGAGGCCUGUUGGUGGACCGUCCAUCCGGCCAGCAAACAGCGUUCAGAAGGUGAAAAGGUUCGUGUCGGCGAUGAUUUAAUUCUGGUAUCUGUUGCCACCGAACGGUAUCUGCACACAACGAAGGAGAACGAGCAGUCCAUUGUGAAUGCCAGCUUCCAUGUGACCCACUGGUCCGUGCAGCCAUACGGCACUGGCAUAUCACGCAUGAAAUAUGUCGGCUAUGUGUUUGGUGGAGAUGUCUUGCGUUUCUUCCACGGCGGCGACGAGUGCCUGACCAUACCCAGCACGUGGGGCCGUGAAGCAGGUCAAAACAUUGUCAUAUACGAGGGCGGCGUGGUCAUGGCACAAGCGCGUUCUCUGUGGCGUCUGGAGUUGGCGCGCACCAAGUGGACGGGCGGCUUCAUAAACUGGUACCAUCCCAUGCGUAUACGUCAUAUAACAACGGGACGCUAUUUGGGCGUCAACGAUAGCAACGAGCUUAUCCUGGUCAAAAAGGAGGAGGCAUCGAUUGCAACGACGACUUUCUGCCUGAGGCAAGAAAAAGACGACGAAAAGAAAGUACUCGAGGACAAAGACUUAGAAAUAAUCGGCUCGCCGAUCAUCAAAUAUGGUGACACCACGGUCAUUGUACAGCAUUGUGAAUCCAGCCUGUGGCUCAGUUACAAGAGUUACGAGACAAAAAAGAAGGGUGUCGGCAAGGUGGAGGAGAAACAGGCCAUUUUACACGAGGAAGGCAAAAUGGACGAUUGCCUGGACUUUUCGCGCUCGCAGGAGGAGGAAUCGAAGACGGCACGCGUCAUCCGAAAAUGUAGCAGCCUCUUCACUCAGUUCAUAACCGCCUUGGAAACUUUGCAGUCCAAUCGUCGGCAUUCAGUUUUUUUCCAAAAAGUUAACCUGAAUGAGAUGGUCAUGUGCCUGGAAGAUUUAAUCAACUACUUCUCGCAGCCAGAAGAUGAUAUGGAACACGAGGAGAAACAAAACCGUUUUCGUGCCUUGCGCAAUCGCCAGGAUCUGUUCCAGGAAGAGGGCGUGCUCAAUCUCAUACUGGAAGCCAUUGACAAGAUAAACAUUAUAACCUCGCAAGGCUUUUUAGCCAGUUUUCUGGCCGGCGACGAGACCGGCCAGAGUUGGGAUUUAAUCUCCACGUACCUGUACCAACUGCUGGCCGCCAUCAUCAAGGGCAACCACACGAACUGCGCCCAGUUUGCAAACAGCAAUCGCCUUAACUGGCUCUUCUCUCGCUUGGGCUCACAGGCGUCCAGUGAAGGAUCCGGCAUGUUAGAUGUGCUACACUGUGUGCUCAUCGACUCUCCGGAGGCGCUGAACAUGAUGCGCGAUGAGCACAUCAAAGUGAUUAUAUCGCUGCUGGAAAAGCACGGACGUGACCCCAAAGUUCUCGAUGUCCUCUGCUCUCUAUGUGUGGGUAACGGAGUUGCAGUGCGCUCUUCGCAGAAUAACAUAUGCGAUUUUUUGCUGCCCGGCAAGAAUCUACUGCUGCAAACAUUGCUGGUGGAUCAUGUGGCGAGUAUACGGCCCAAUAUCUUUGUUGGUCGUGUCGACGGCUCGUCCAUGUACCAGAAGUGGUACUUCGAGGUGACCAUGGAUCACAUUGAGCAAACAACGCACAUAAUGCCCCAUCUACGCAUCGGAUGGGCCAAUACGUCUGGCUAUGUGCCCUAUCCCGGCGGCGGUAAAAAAUGGGGCGGCAAUGGCGUCGGCGAUGACCUCUACUCAUUUGGCUUCGAUGGCGCCCACCUGUGGACUGGCGGACGCAAAUCGCUUGUCGUGGAUGCACUGCCCGAAGAACCAUUCAUCAGGAAGGGCGAUGUCAUUGGCGUGGCCAUAGAUCUGUCAGUUCCGGUCAUAACGUUCACCUUCAAUGGCGCCAAGGUGCGCGGCUGCUUCAGGGAUUUCAAUCUGGAUGGCAUGUUCUUCCCGGUGAUGAGUUGCUCAUCCAAACUGAGUUGCCGCUUUCUGUUUGGUGGUGAUCAUGGUCGCUUGAAGUAUGCACCACCUAUGGGCUUUUCGGCGCUCGUACAGUGCCUGAUGCCGCAUCAGAUUUUAAGCCUGGAUCCUUGCUUCUACUUUGGCAAUCUAAGCAAAAACGUAUUGGCCGGACCCUGGCUCAUCGAGGAUGAUACACCGUUUGUGCCUAAGCCCGUGGAUACGACAGGCGUUUCCCUGCCAAGCUCUGUGGACCAAAUUAAGGAGAAGCUUGCAGAGAAUAUACAUGAAAUGUGGGCCUUAAAUAAAAUCGAUGCUGGCUGGACCUGGGGCGAACAUCGAGACGAUUAUCAUCGCAUACACCCCUGCCUCACCCAGUUCGAGAAACUGCCAGCUGCUGAGAAGCGCUAUGACAAUCAACUAGCGGUCCAAACAUUAAAAACCAUUAUUUCGUUGGGCUACUAUAUAACCAUGGAUAAGCCGCCGGCACGCAUACGUCCCGUCCGCCUGCCCAACGAGAUAUUCAUGCAAGCCAAUGGCUACAAGCCGGCACCGCUUGACUUGAGCGCCGUGACGCUGACGCCAAAGCUGGAGGAGCUUGUGGAUCAGUUGGCUGAGAAUACGCACAAUUUGUGGGCACGAGAACGCAUCCAACAGGGUUGGACCUAUGGUCUGAACGAAGACUCCGAGAAUCAUCGUAGUCCCCAUCUGGUGCCGUAUGCCAAGGUCGAUGAGGCCAUCAAGAAGGCAAAUCGCGAUACUGCCUCCGAGACGGUGCGUACUCUGUUGGUCUAUGGCUAUGUCCUGGAUCCACCCACUGGCGAGGGCACUGAAGCGCUGCUGGCCGAGGCACAACGCCUGAAAUUCGCCGCAUUCCGGACGUAUCGAGUGGAGCGCAAUUAUGCUGUAACCUCUGGCAAAUGGUAUUUUGAAUUUGAGGUUCUGACGGCGGGUCCAAUGCGCGUUGGCUGGGCUCGCGCCGAUUGCUAUCCGGGAGCGAUGCUGGGCAGUGAGGACACCAGCUGGGCGUUCGAUGGUCACAAUGAAGAGAAAGUCUACGGUGGCAACAGUGAAUCCUUUGGUAAACAGUGUGGACCCGGGGAUAUAGUCGGAGUCUUUUUAGAUCUAGCCGAUCAUACAAUUAGCUUCUCAUUGAACGGAGAAUUGCUCAUGGAUGCCCUGGGUGGCGAGACAACAUUUGCCGAUGUCACUGCCGAGGGCGUGGGCUUUGUGCCCGCCUGCACCUUGGGCGUGGGUCAGAAGGCGCGUUUAAUUUACGGUCAAGAUGUGGACUCCCUAAAGUUCUUCACCACGUGUGGUCUACAGGAAGGUUACGAGCCAUUCUGUGUCAAUAUGCGACGCCCAGUUACGCAUUGGUACACAAAAGAUCAGCCAAUAUUUGAGAACACUGAGGAAAUGCCCGAUUGCCGCAUCGAUGUGACGCGUAUUCCUGGUGGUGCCGAUACUCCGCCUCAUUUGAAAAUCUCGCAUAAUACAUUUGAGACAAUGGAAAAGGCGAACUGGGAAUUCCUGCGUCUCUCCCUGCCUGUUACCUGCAUGAGUGACUUCAUCAGCGAACAGGAGAAGGCGAGGCGCUGGGAAGAAAUCAAAAUUCGCCAAUACCGCUUAAUGCGAGAAGCACAAGAGGCGGCAGCACAAAUGCAAACCCAAACAGUGGCACAUAUGGAUCACAUGCUCAAAGGCGGCUUCAACAUGAACGACAUCAAGGGCUUGACACGCAAUUUCGAUGACCACGCCGAGGCAGAGGCAGAGCAUAUGAUGCGUGUGCCCUCGAGACCAUCACGCAAAGGCUCCUUGACGCGUAAUAUAACCUUUGAGUCCGAUAUGACGGCUGCAUUAGAUGAAAUGCAGCGCUCGUCUUCGGUGUUGGAUAUAAAUGGCUUAGGUGACGACUUGGAUGACAAAAAGAAACGUGGUCGUAGUCCAUUUAAGUUCUUUUCGAAGAAAUCCCGUGAUCAGAGCCGCGAGAAAAAUGGAGCAAGGACUGCAGAUGCGUCGCUAGAACGCAGAAACACAGUGGCCCAUGGCAGGAAUGUGGUUAACCAGCAGAUGACAACACGAACACCAACGCUACGACUAAAUAAUGCCGAAAUACCACCCAGCCCAGUGCCUCAGGGUCCGAAGCAGUUGAGCUCAUCGAACUUGGGCCAGCCGCCCGUCGAAUCAUCUGGAAAUGAAAUGUUCGAUGCCGAGUGCCUUAAGCUGAUCAACGAAUACUUUUACGGUGUGCGCAUUUUCCCCGGUCAGGAUCCCACACAUGUUUACGUGGGCUGGGUGACCACCCAGUAUCAUCUGCACAGUCGCGAGUUCAACAAGAGCAAGGUGCGACGGGGCUCGGUAUACAUUGAAGAUUACUAUGAAGUGCCCAUCGAGCGCAUUGAUCGUCAGAGCUGCUACGUAGUACGCGCGGAUGAGCUCUUCAACGAGGUAACGCAAGAUGCUUCGGGCAAAGGCGCAUCGCAGGGCAUGUUUGUGGGCUGUUUUGUGGACACAGCAACAGGCAUAAUACGUUUCACUUGCGAGGGCAAGGAUACCUCACAUCGCUGGAUGAUGGAACCAGAUACGAAACUAUUUCCAGCCAUUUUCGUUGAAGCCACCAGCAAGGAAAUCCUACAAAUUGAGCUCGGUCGAACACCAACCACACUUCCCCUGUCGGCGGCCGUGUUGCCCACCAGCGACAAACACAUUAAUCCACAAUCGCCACCUCGAUUGAAGGUGCAGUGCCUGCGGCCACAUCAGUGGGCACGUGUUCCCAACACAUCGCUACAGGUGCAUGCGCUUAAGCUCUCUGACAUACGUGGCUGGUCGAUGCUCUGUGAAGAUCCAAUCUCAAUGCUGGCACUACACAUACCCGAGGAGGAUCGUUGCAUCGACAUAUUGGAGCUUAUCGAAAUGGAUAAGCUGCUCUCCUUUCAUGCGCACACGCUCACACUCUAUGCCGCGCUCUGCUAUCAGUCAAACUAUCGAGCCGCACAUGCACUUUGCCAGCAUGUCGAUCAGAAGCAGCUGCUUUAUGCCAUACGCUCGGAGUACAUGAGUGGACCGCUGCGUCAGGGUUUCUAUGAUCUACUCAUAGCCCUGCAUCUGGAGUCGCAUGCCACCACAAUGGAGGUAUGCAAAAAUGAGUAUAUUACACCCUUGGGUGUUGAACUGAAGGAACUGUACGCUGAAGAUGAAAUGCGUCACUCGCUCCGUUCGCUAGUCACGGAGUCUGUGCGCCCACAGCUGCGCAUGACGGAAAUCACCGAACCGAUACCCAACAUCGAUCAGUUGUACUCCCCGAAGUUCCCAUUAGAAGUAGUCAGAGAAUUUGUAAUGGAAGCUUUAAAGGAUGCUGUGGAAAUAAAUCAAGUGCACAACCGUGAUCCCAUCGGUUGGACGAAUGAGAACCUAUUUUUACCACUUAUUAAGCUUACGGAUCGCCUACUGUUAGUGGGCGUCCUUACUGAUGAGGACGUUCAGAAACUAUUGGUAAUGGUGGACCCAGAGACUUGGGAUGCCACUUUCGAGAAAGAGGGGAAAGACGAGCACCGCAAAGGCCUGCUUACCAUGAAAAUGGCCGAGGGAGCAAAGCUACAAAUGUGCUAUUUGUUGCACCAUCUGUAUGAUACUCAACUUCGGCAUCGGGUGGAGAGCAUAAUUGCGUUCUCGCACGAUUUUGUGGGCGAUCUACAAACCGAUCAGUUGCGCCGUUAUAUCGAGAUUAAACAAUCCGAUUUGCCAAGUGCUGUUGCGGCCAAAAAGACUAAGGAAUUCCGUUGUCCACCCCGAGAACAAAUGAACCAGAUUCUGUGCUUUAAGAAUCUUGAGGUUGACGAUCAGGACAACUGCACCUGUGGUCUUGAGUUGCGCAGUCGCCUAAGCGAAUUCCACGACUGUCUAAUGCAAAAGGUGUCGCUGAAUGCGCUGCAGGAGCCUGAUGGUACCGAGAGCAAUGCAAUCGAAGAAAUCAAAACUGGCCCCAUAACAAAAAUCUAUAAUUUUAUCAAUACCGUCAAGGAAUUAGAAGAGGGACCCAAAGAAGUGGAGGAGCCUGAGAAAAAGACACCUGAAGAGAUUUUCCGCAAAGUCCUAAUCAAAACCAUCGUCAGCUGGGCUGAAGAAUCGCAAAUAGAGAAUCCAAAGUUAGUGCGCGAGAUGUUCAGUUUACUAGUACGGCAAUACGAUACGGUCGGUGAGCUGGUAAGAGCUCUGGAGAAGACCUAUGUGAUCAACAACCGAGCACGAGAUGAUGUCGCUGAGAUGUGGGUUGGCUUGAGCCAGAUUCGUGCAUUGCUGCCCGUCCAAAUGAGCCAGGAAGAGGAGGAGCUUAUGCGUAAGCGUCUCUGGAAAUUGGUCAACAAUGCCACAUUCUUCCAGCAUCCAGAUUUGAUACGCAUUCUGCGUGUUCAUGAAAACGUAAUGGCCGUCAUGAUGAAUACUCUAGGCCGCCGUGCUCAAGCCCAGAGUGAUGCCCCCACCCAGACCGAGGGGGCCGAGGGUGUACCCUCCAAGGAGAAAGACACAUCACACGAAAUGGUCGUGGCCUGCUGCCGCUUCCUAUGUUACUUUUGCCGUACCGGCCGUCAAAACCAAAAGGCCAUGUUCGAUCAUUUUGACUUUUUGCUGGACAAUGCGAAUAUAUUGUUAGCCAGACCCAGUCUGCGUGGUUCCACACCAUUGGAUGUGGCAUAUUCGAGUUUAAUGGAGAACACAGAAUUAGCUCUGGCACUUAGGGAGCACUAUUUGGAGAAAAUUGCCGUUUAUCUAUCCAGAUGUGGCCUGCAAAGCAAUUCGGAGCUUGUUGAAAAGGGCUACCCCGAUUUGGGCUGGGAUCCAGUCGAGGGUGAACGAUAUCUGGACUUUUUGCGUUAUUGCGUUUGGGUCAACGGCGAGAGUGUCGAGGAGAAUGCUAACCUUGUCAUUCGUCUUCUUAUCCGUCGUCCAGAAUGUUUGGGACCGGCUCUAAGAGGAGAAGGAGAAGGUCUCUUCCGGGCAAUCGUCGAGGCCAAUCGUAUGUCGGAGCGCAUAUCAGAUCGUUGUAAAAUGCAAGACGAAGCCGAAGGCACCAUAGCCGGACUUAAUUUUACGCAUCCGUUGCCGGAAGGCGAUGAAGACGAGGAUUACAUCGAUACCGGUGCCGCCAUAUUGAACUUCUAUUGUACGCUUGUUGACCUUCUGGGAAGAUGCGCUCCAGACGUGUCUGUCAUCGAGCAAGGCAAGAACGAAUCACUGAGAGCUAGAGCUAUUUUGAGAUCUCUUGUGCCACUGGAAGACCUUCAGGGUGUGCUCAGCUUAAAGUUUACGCUCACACAAACUGCUCCCGGUGAGGAGCGUCCGAAAUCGGAUAUGCCCUCAGGCCUCUUACCCAAUAACAAGCAGAGCAUAGUGUUAUUUUUGGAACGUGUAUACGGCAUCGAAACGCAAGAUCUUUUCUAUCGCCUGUUGGAAGAUGCAUUUUUGCCGGAUCUGCGUACUGCCACUAUUUUGGAUAAGAGUGAUGGUUCCGAAAGCGACAUGGCCUUGGCCAUGAAUCGCUAUAUAGGCAACUCCAUUUUGCCAUUGCUCAUCAAGCACUCAAAGUUCUAUAACGAGGCUGAAAACUAUGCCAGCCUCUUGGAUGCCACACUGCACACGGUCUAUAGGUUAUCCAAGAACCGUAUGCUAACCAAGGGGCAACGUGAGGCAGUAUCCGAUUUCCUAGUGGCGUUGACAUCGCAAAUGCAACCUGCCAUGCUUCUCAAGCUAUUGCGCAAGUUGACUGUUGAUGUGUCCAAGCUAUCGGAAUACACGACGGUCGCACUCAGGCUGCUCACACUGCACUUCGAUCGCUGCGCCAAGUACUAUGGCUCGACUCAAGGCCAGGGCUCAUAUGGGGCUUCGUCAGAUGAGGAGAAGCGUUUAACAAUGCUUCUGUUCUCGAACAUUUUUGACUCGCUGAGCAACAUGGACUAUGACCCGGAACUGUUCGGUAAAGCCCUGCCCUGUCUAAUAGCCAUCGGUUGUGCCCUGCCACCAGAUUACAGUCUAUCGAAAAAUACCGACGAGGAUUACUAUGGCAGACAAAUGGGCGCACCCGAUCAACCACAAUAUGUGCCAAAUCCAAUCGAUACCAACAAUGUACAUUUGGACAAUGAUUUGAAUUCGUUGGUUCAAAAGUUCAGCGAACAUUAUCACGAUGCUUGGGCCAGUCGCCGAUUGGAAGGUGGCUGGACAUAUGGCGAAGUUCGGUCCGAUAACGAUCGCAAACAUCCACGCCUCAAACCCUACAAUAUGCUUAGCGAAUAUGAACGUGAGCGCUACCGUGAUCCAGUGCGUGAAUGCCUUAAGGGUCUCUUGGCCAUUGGCUGGACCGUUGAGCAUUCUGAAAUGGAUUUACCACUCAAUCAUCGCGGCUCUACACGUCGUCAAUCGAAGCCUACAAUUAAUGAAGGCAGCCCCUUCAACUAUAAUCCACAUCCUGUGGACAUGAGCAACUUGACACUAAGCAGAGAAAUGCAGAACAUGGCCGAACGUCUGGCUGAGAACUCACACGACAUAUGGGCAAAGAAGAAGAACGAAGAGCUGGACGGUUGCGGCGGUGUCAUACAUCCACAGUUGGUUCCCUAUGAUUUGCUCACGGACAAGGAAAAGAAAAAGGAUCGCGAGCGCUCGCAAGAGUUCCUCAAAUAUAUGCAGUAUCAGGGAUACAAAUUGCACAAACCCUCCAAGGGUGGCGCUGUUGAGGAAGGAGGUGCCACACAGGCUGCCGUUGAGCUGCGCUUCUCCUAUUCGCUGCUGGAGAAGCUCAUCCAAUAUCUGGAUCGUGCGACCAUCAACAUGAAGCUGCUGAAGCCAUCGACCACGUUUAGUCGACGAACCUCAUUUAAGACGGCAUCGCGAGACAUCAAGUUUUUCUCAAAGGUGGUGCUGCCUCUGAUGGAAAAGUACUUCUCAACCCAUCGCAAUUACUUUAUUGCCAUUGCCACUGCCACAAACAACAUAGGCGCCGCUUCGCUGAAGGAGAAAGAAAUGGUUGCGUCUAUCUUCUGUAAGCUAGCCGCAUUGUUGCGCAAUCGUUUAAGCGCUUUUGGACCGGAUGUACGCAUCACUGUGCGCUGCCUGCAGGUGCUUGUCAAGGGCAUUGACGCCAAGACAUUGACCAAAAAUUGUCCCGAAUUUAUUCGCACAUCUAUGCUAACAUUUUUCAAUCAAACGUCCGAUGAUCUGGGCAACACCAUUAUGAAUCUACAGGACGGCAAGUAUAGUCACCUGCGUGGCACACACCUGAAGACCUCCACAUCGCUGGGCUACGUCAACCAGGUUGUGCUGCCAGUGCUAACAGCCAUGUUUGACCACUUGGCCGCCUGUGAUUAUGGCAGUGAUCUGCUGCUGGACGAAAUUCAGGUGGCUUCUUACAAGAUCUUGGCUGCUCUAUACCAUUUGGGCACCGAUGCCACCUUAACGCAUGAUCGGAAGUAUCUUAAAACCGAAAUCGAGCGACAUCGACCUGCUUUGGGCUCGUGUCUGGGCGCUUACAGCUCGUGCUUUCCGGUCGCCUAUCUGGAGCCGCAUCUCAAUAAGCACAAUCAGUACUCCCUGCUGAAUCGCAUUGCUGAUCAUUCGCUGGAGGCACAGGACAUUAUGGUUAAAAUGGAAAGCUGUAUGCCCAAUUUGGAGGCGAUACUGAGUGAAGUGGACCAAUUCGUCGAGUCGGAUAAGACUUACAAUGAUGCGCCGCAUAUUAUUGAUGUCAUACUUCCGCUGUUAUGCGCCUAUCUGCCCUUCUGGUGGUCCCAGGGCCCCGACAACGUGAGUCCAACUAGUGGCAACCAUGUGACCAUGGUCACAGCGGAUCACAUGAAUUCGCUGUUGCGCAAUGUGCUCAAAAUGAUCAAGAAAAAUAUUGGCAACGAUAAUGCGCCCUGGAUGACGCGCAUUGCGGCCUACACGCAGCAGAUAAUCAUCAAUACAUCUGAGGAACUACUGAAGGAUCCAUUUCUGCCGCUGGCCGAGCGCGUCAAGAAGCGUACCGAAAAUAUGCUUCACAAGGAGGAAAGCAUGCGGGGCUUUAUCAAGUCAGCUACCGAUGAUACUUCACAAGUUGAGACGCAGCUUCAAGAAGAUUGGAAUCUGCUAGUCCGCGAUAUAUACUCGUUCUAUCCGCUACUCAUCAAGUACGUGGACUUGCAGCGCAACCAUUGGCUAAAGGAUAACAUUCCAGAAGCCGAAGAGCUUUACAAUCACGUUGCAGAAAUCUUUAAUAUCUGGUCGAAGAGCCAAUACUUCUUGAAGGAGGAACAGAACUUUAUAUCAGCUAAUGAAAUUGACAACAUGGCCCUAAUAAUGCCCACGGCCACACGACGCUCGGCCAUUUCGGAGGGCGUGCCAGCAGUGGGCGGUAAGGUGAAAAAGAAGAAAAAGAACAGGGAUAAGAAACGCGACAAGGACAAGGAGGUGCAGGCAAGUCUUAUGGUUGCCUGUCUGAAGCGUUUACUGCCCGUUGGACUUAAUCUAUUCGCGGGACGAGAACAAGAGCUGGUCCAGCACUGCAAGGACAGAUAUUUGAAAAAAAUGCCCGAAUAUGAUGUCAUAGAAUUUGCACGCAAUCAACUAACGCUACCCGACAAACUGGAUCCCUCGGAUGAGAUGUCCUGGCAGCACUAUCUAUACUCGAAACUGGGCAAAACCGAAGAGACUGUCGAUGAGCAGGCACUGGAGAAGGUUAACACCAAUUCAAAUGAGAAGGGUAAAGACAAGACAACAGAGACCGUCGAUCGCAUUGUGGCCAUGGCAAAGGUGUUAUUUGGCCUGCAUAUGAUCGACCAUCCACAACAGCAGAGCAAAAAUGUCUACAGGAGCGUUGUAUCGAUCCAAAGGAAACGUGCCGUCAUUGCAUGUUUCCGUCAGACAUCGCUACAUUCUCUACCCAGACAUCGUGCCUGCAAUAUCUUUGCACGCACCUACUACGAGCAAUGGCUGCAGGAGGAAAACGUCGGCCAGGAGGUGAUGAUUGAGGAUCUGACUCAGACAUUCGAAGAGUCGGAAAAGUCCAAAAAAGAUGAAGAAGAAGCUGACGGUAAGCCGGAUCCCUUGACCCAGCUGGUGACCACCUUCUGCCGCGGUGCCAUGACGGAGCGCAGUGGUGCCCUACAAGAGGAUUUGCUGUAUAUGUCGUAUGCGCAAAUAGCGGCAAAAUCCUGCGGCGAAGAAGAAGAGGAGGGCGGUGAGGACGGCGAAGCCGGCGAAGGCGGCGAGGAGGGCGAAGGCACAAGUAUUCAUGAACAAGAAAUGGAGAAACAGAAGUUGCUCUUCCAUCAAGCGCGUCUUUCGAAUCGUGGCGUUGCCGAAAUGGUGCUGUUGCACAUAUCCGCCUCCAAAGGUAUACCUUCGGAGAUGGUCAUGACGACACUCAAUUUGGGCAUCGCCAUAUUGCGUGGCGGAAACAUUGAUAUACAGAUGGGCAUGCUGAAUCAUUUGAAGGAGAAGAAGGAUGUGGGCUUCUUUACAUCCAUUGCCGGGCUGAUGAACUCGUGCAGCGUGCUGGACUUGGACGCGUUUGAGCGCAACACGAAGGCCGAGGGUCUUGGUGUCGGCUCGGAGGGCGCUGCCGGUGAGAAGAAUAUGCACGAUGCCGAGUUCACAUGUGCUCUCUUCCGGUUCAUUCAACUCACCUGUGAGGGACACAAUUUGGAAUGGCAGAACUAUUUGCGCACACAAGCGGGAAACACGACCACGGUCAAUGUGGUAAUUUGCACUGUGGAUUAUUUGCUGCGUCUACAGGAGUCGAUUAUGGACUUUUACUGGCACUAUUCCAGUAAGGAAAUCAUUGAUCCUGCUGGCAAAGCGAACUUUUUCAAGGCCAUCGGAGUGGCCAGUCAAGUGUUUAAUACCCUCACUGAAGUCAUACAGGGUCCAUGUACUUUGAAUCAGCAAGCCUUGGCCCAUUCCAGAUUAUGGGAUGCUGUUGGUGGAUUCCUAUUUCUGUUUUCUCACAUGCAGGACAAACUCUCCAAGCAUUCGAGUCAGGUGGACUUGCUAAAAGAGCUGCUUAAUCUGCAAAAGGAUAUGAUCACCAUGAUGUUGUCCAUGCUGGAAGGCAAUGUAGUAAAUGGCACUAUUGGCAAGCAGAUGGUGGAUACCCUUGUUGAGUCUGCGGGCAAUGUUGAACUGAUUCUUAAGUAUUUCGACAUGUUCCUAAAAUUGGCGGACUUGAUUGAGUCGCCCAGUUUCCAUGAGAUUGAUAUGAAGAACGAAGGCUGGGUUAUACCCAAAGAUUUCAGAGAGAAAAUGGAGCAAUCCAAGAACUACACACCGGAAGAAAUGGAUUUCCUUUUGGCCUGCUGUGAACGCAAUCACGAAGGUAAAAUUGAUUAUAGAGCCUUUGUCGAACGUUUCCACGAGCCAUCAAAGGAGAUCGGUUUCAACCUGGCUGUGCUACUGACCAACCUAAGCGAACACAUGCCCAAUGAGCCGCGUCUGGCGCGCUUCCUAGAGACGGCCGGCUCUGUGCUGAACUACUUUGAGCCCUUCCUGGGUCGCAUCGAGAUAUUGGGCAGCUCAAAGCGUAUUGAACGUGUCUACUUUGAAAUCAAAGACUCCAAUAUCGAACAAUGGGAGAAGCCGCAGAUUCGCGAAUCAAAACGAGCCUUCUUCUAUUCCAUUGUCACAGAGGGAGGCGAUAAGGAGAAACUAGAAGCGUUUGUUAACUUCUGUGAGGACGCAAUCUUUGAAAUGACACAUGCCUCCGGCCUGAUGGCUACGGACGAUGGUGGCAGCAAUGUGAAGCGUGAUACCGCUUAUAGUUCCUAUAUGAGUGAAGAGGAGGAGGAGCGUGCCGCUCGCGAUCCCAUCAGACGCACAAUUACCGCAGUAAAGGAGGGUCUUAAGUUCGGAGUGCACAUGCUGAGUCCAUCGAACAUCAAGCAUCAAAUCGGAGUUAUGCAAACCAAAUCUAUACCUGAGCUGAUUGUUGGAUUCUUCAAGAUCAUAUUCUAUAUGUUCUACUACACGGGCUAUGCACAUUACUGUGUAGUCCGCUAUAUCUUUGGUAUUCUAUUGAAUUUGAUGCGCGGUCCCGCGCCUGAGCAGGAGGAGGAAGAAGCUGUUGUUGAAGAGGAAACAUUUGGACGUGCACUGCCACCGUUGCCAUUGGAAGAGCCGCCGGGCACUGUUCAGGCCUUUGGCCUGGACAUAAACAAGGAAGAAAACGGCAUGUAUAAGGUGGUGGUGCACGAGUCUCCAGCGGGCUCUUCUGUUGAAGAGGGCGGCGAAUCCAGUCCAGAAGAUGGCGCAGCUGCUACUGCCGAAUUUAUUGAAGGCGAACCAUAUCAGGAGCCCAUUUCAAUAGUUGAUCUGCUGGGCGGCGAGGCCGCUAAGAAAGCGGCUCAGGAGCGUCAGGAGGCACAGAAGGCCCAAGAGGCGGCCAUGGCCUCCAUCGAGGCGGAGGCUAAGAAGUCAUCGGCGGCACCACAGGAGACACCAGCUGUGCACCAGAUCGACUUCUCCCAAUAUACGCACCGCGCUGUCAGCUUUUUGGCUCGAAACUUUUACAAUUUAAAAUAUGUUGCCCUGGUCUUGGCCUUCAGCAUCAAUUUUAUGUUACUCUUCUAUAAGGUUACCUCGUACCCCGAGGAAUCCGAAGGAUCUGGUGAGGAUGAACUUAUUCUAGGAUCGGGCUCGGGUGGUGGUGCAGACGUAGCUGGCUCUGGCCUGGGUGGUUCGGGUGAUGGUGGCUCUGGCGAUGGCGAUUUUGAUGAGGACGAUAUACCGGAACUUGUGCAUGUGGAUGAGGACUUCUUCUACAUGGAGCACGUUUUACGAAUAGCCGCAUUGCUCCACUCCCUUGUCUCAUUGGCCAUGCUGAUCGCCUAUUACCAUUUGAAGGUACCGCUGGCCAUAUUCAAGCGGGAGAAGGAAAUCGCACGACGUUUGGAAUUUGAUGGUCUAUUCAUUGCCGAACAGCCGGAGGAUGAUGAUUUCAAGUCGCAUUGGGACAAGCUGGUCAUCUCGGCCAAAAGCUUUCCGGUCAACUAUUGGGACAAGUUUGUGAAAAAGAAGGUGCGCCAAAAGUACAGUGAAACCUAUGAUUUCGAUUCAAUCUCCAACUUGCUGGGUAUGGAAAAGAGCGCAUUUACCGCACAGGAGAGCGAGGAGACGGGCAUCUUAAGGUACAUCAUGAACAUCGACUGGCGCUACCAAGUGUGGAAAGCCGGCGUUACCUUCACCGACAACGCUUUCCUCUACUCCUUGUGGUACUUUAGCUUCUCGGUGAUGGGCAACUUUAACAACUUUUUCUUUGCGGCCCAUUUGCUCGAUGUGGCUGUCGGCUUUAAGACCCUGCGCACUAUUCUACAAUCUGUCACCCACAAUGGCAAACAGCUGGUACUGACAGUCAUGCUCCUCACGAUUAUAGUGUAUAUAUAUACGGUAAUUGCGUUCAACUUCUUCCGCAAGUUCUACAUACAAGAGGAGGACGAGGAAGUGGACAAAAAGUGUCAUGACAUGUUGACCUGCUUCGUGUUUCAUUUGUAUAAGGGCGUGCGAGCAGGCGGUGGCAUUGGUGAUGAAAUCGGUGAUCCGGAUGGGGAUGAUUAUGAGGUUUAUCGCAUUAUCUUCGACAUCACAUUCUUCUUCUUCGUUAUUGUUAUCCUGUUGGCCAUCAUUCAGGGUUUGAUUAUCGACGCAUUUGGCGAGCUGCGUGAUCAAUUGGAGUCGGUCAAAGACAACAUGGAGUCUAAUUGCUUUAUAUGCGGCAUGGGCAAGGACUUCUUUGAUAUAGUGCCGCACGGCUUUGAUACCCAUGUUCAGAAAGAGCACAAUCUGGCCAACUAUAUGUUCUUCCUGAUGCAUUUGAUUAAUAAACCGGACACGGAGUAUACCGGCCAGGAGACAUACGUCUGGAAUAUGUACCAACAGCGCAGCUGGGACUUCUUCCCGGUCGGCGACUGUUUCCGCAAGCAAUACGAGGAUGAGCUUUCUGGCGGCGGUGGUGGUGGCGGCUAGCUGCCCAUAGUCUAGAUUCUCUCAUUUUUAAUUGAAAACAAUUUAUAAUGGUUGAUAUCGAUAUGAUAAUGAUGCUUGUUUGAAUUCUUUUUUUGCUAUGUCUAUAAUUUUAAUAUAAUCUAAGUACUUAUAUGUAUGAAUAUUUUGCAUAUAUUUGGACGGAUGGAUGUUGAUGAUUCUAGCAUGUACAGUUAGAAUGCUCCUAACUCAAAUAAAUAAAUCGAUUCAUUUAUACCGAA